AUGAAGUUUCCGGCUUCUUACACAGUUUCCUGGGCGCUCCUACAGUCCAUCGGUGGAACCUUUCUGCAUGUGCAGGACAAGAAUAUGUGUUUUUCUCCUAAACGCGUAGGCUCAAAUUCCACCCAAGGUUCCAACGAAACUACUUUCUCUCUUGGAAAAGCACUUGCAAAUAAUCCUCAGGAUUUCUUAGAGAAGUCCUCGAGUACGUCAGCCACAUAUCUACGGGAUCAACUUCGUGGGAGCCGCAUUGAAUGGCCCAAAGGCAAAGAUCGAUUUUUCGUGCCACACGAUGCGCUAGAGCGACUCAUAACGAAGCCAAAAAUACAAGUGGAACUUGGCCAUCACAAAAAUGUAAAUCUUUUGGAAAGAAGAUUACUGACUGAUGAAAUUCUCACCAAAGCCAAGAGGCUUUUCGCGAUUCUCGUUUUGCUUGAAAAGGGUCACCUCAUUGGCGAAUUUCUCAGGGAAAACCUUGCAGACGCAGACUUGCCUUUCCAACGAUCUAAUUCAGCGAAUUUGUCUGGAACCUACAAACUCUGUAGAAAAAACGAAUCGAAUCCCAUACACUGUAUGCUUGACUGGGACACAACUAGUAUUAUAGAAUUUUCCCGAGAACAGCGCUGUAUGCAAGCACCGAUUUUCGAGAUUGGCCAACGCUACGAGUUUGAUGACAACUGCGUGCUUCCAUUUACCUUGGACGAAAUGGAUACCGGCAAGGCAAAAGAAGGAGGUUUUGGCACAGUGUGGAAGGUUGAUAUCCACCCAGCUCACCACAAGUUUGAGAUGGACAAGGAGUCGAAGGUAGGAGAUCACACUUCUGUUUUCAAGUAAACAAUGUUAAUGAAAACAGGGUUUCACAAACUCGUUCGCCCUUAAGAAGCUCCAUUCAAAGAGCAAAGAAGAAUUCGAAGUUGAGGUAGCAGUGCACAUAGCAUUUAGUCUACAACCACAUCCAAACCUUAUCAGACUACUUUGUACUUUUAGUUACAAACAAGAGUAUUACUUACUUUUUCCGUAUGCAAAGUCAAAUUUGCGACAGUUUUGGCGGCAAAAUCCACGCCCCGAUUUCUCCAAAAGCUCAGUUCUGUGGAUGCUGGAACAAUGUAAAGCAAUCGUCUCCGCUCUUCACAAAAUCCACGAGUAUCGAAAUACUCAGGAGCCCUUGCCCCAUUUUGAAGAAUACGAGCGUGUGUACGGAAGGAACGGUGAUAUCAAACCCGAAAACAUCCUUCUUUCUCCGGAAGUGGACAAAAAACCUGAAUAUAAUGCUGAUCCAGGUGCCCUACUAAUAGCUGAUUUCGGGCUAACGUAUCUUCACAGGCGACUCACGAGAUCCUUUAUUGUUUCUGACAAGAUUAAUGGGUCGCCAUCUUAUGAACCACCAGAGAGAGCCUUGUGCAAAGUGAUAACACGGAAGUACGAUAUCUGGAGUCUGGGGUGCUUGUUUCUCGAAUUGCUCAUCUGGCGCCUCCGAGGCUGGCAAAAGCUCACAUAUUUUAAUCGGGUGCGCUAUUUGACCUCAAGAGAAGGGAGGGGUGACCAGAAAUACUACGAUAUCGUAAAGACGAAAAACAGCGGUUCUGAACCCAAAGCCAUUGUCCGGAGGUCUGUUCAACAAUGGAUAGAGGACCUCCGUGGGGAUCCAAACUGCUCUGAACUUGUUAGGGAUCUUUUGGACCUUAUUUCCCAGGGCAUGUUGGUGGUGGGUGUCUCUGAACGUAUGUCUUGUGUGGAGGUAAAUGAUAGAUUGCGAAAGAUGAUGAGGAAAGCAGAGGCCGAUCCGGAGUAUUUGACAAGAGGUAG